AUGGAGGAACAGCAAUCUGAGGAGCAUCCAGUGAGUGACAACAAAGAGGAACCAGCGCAGCCCACCAAUGCAGAUGUAACUGUCACCAAAUCACCCAGGAAGGGUAAAAGGACUGCAAAAAGGAAGAGCAUUGCUCAGUCCAAGGAAAAGCAAACUGUUGAUCCUUCUAGGGAUCAGCAGAAUACAGAAAAAACUGCUGAGGAUCAGCAAAAUGAGGAACCAUCUACCAGAAAAUCACCAAGGACAAGGUCUGGUGUCCAAAGUGCUGCACAAUCUGCUCAGCAUAGUGGAAAAAAAAGCGGCCUGAGCAGCCUGAGACUCAAACUGCUACUGAACCCACUCCUCUACCCAAGUUCAUCGACGAUGAAGCCAGAGACAGGUGGCUUGAUGAUGACCAUGACUUCUGAUCAACAAGCUACCUUUUUUGCCAAAAGGAAUCUGCUUGUACCUCCCAUUCCUCCUGAAAAUGAAAAUGCUCACCGAAAGGAGCCUAGAACUGAGCCAACCACUGAGGCCACCCCAGAGUACCGUGCCUCCAGUUCUCAACCACAAGACAAGGGAAAAGCUCCGGCAAUUGAAGAAGAGAAUGACGAUGAUGAGGAUGAGGACACUGAGGAAGAAGACCCUGCUCAAUUUCGUCUGGCUAGAAGAAGGUCUGGAUCCUCCAAGAUCACAUUUUAG